GGUGGGAAUUGUAAGUGUGUCGGUGAGGUACAAACCCGUCGACGGGAUCGUUCUGGGUUGCGGGCGGGUUUCAACCGUGCCCGAUGAUAGAGCGUCGGCGCCGCGACGGUGGGAGCACGCAGACGCAUCUGGACCGGCGUCGGUGACGUAGAAACGAGAAACUAGAGGCGAAAGCGGGAUCCGGAGGCAGACUCGUCCGUUUUGCCAGGUAACGUUCAGGCUGCCCGCGGUGGUGACGGCACACUCGAUCGCGAUCCUCCUGCCUGGAUCAACACCCGAGAAAUUGUUUGUAAUCACACGAGAUAGGCAAUUAUUGUGUCCACGCGUUACGCGAAUAAAUUACUGGAGGCAUUUCAUCGAUCCUCCAGCGUAUCGACAAGUAACAGGCGGGUCCGUUCUCCCGUUCGCGACGCCGACAGCUCGGGCCGCGCAAAUUCGGAGCGUCCAAACGAUCGAACAGAGAUGACGUACCAUAAAGGGAUCGUGAACCACCUGUGAACCGAAUCGGAAACGCCAAGACAAGGAUGGUCUUUGACAAUUACGGAACGUGCAUCCGCUUUUGUGAUUUCAACACUACAGUGUAAUGUUGUUUGUAAAAUAAACAACAGAUUGUAAUUGUGUAAUUGUGUAACAGUUACAUUGGCGAACAUCAAAAGCAAGUGAUAGACAUUGUAAUCGAGAAGAGUGACCUAACUCGUUCGUGACAGAUUGAUGACUAAUUGGAAAAUCAAGGAUAACAGACAUGAAAUACUUAAAAGUCGCGUUGUUCACGUUCAAUCUAUUAAUAUGGUUGGCUGGCUGUACGGUGCUCGUUAUAGGCGCGUGGUUACUCCUGGAGCCCAGCAAAGGACACAUCCUGAAUCUUUUCGUACCUGAUAUUAAGCCGCACGAGACUAUUAAUCUAAUAGCUUACAGCCUCCUCGGGCUUGGCUUCAUCGUACUCACGGUUGGCUUCUUCGGUUGCCGCGCCGCACUACGCGGAAAUCAAUGCAUCCUCGCCACCUACAUGAGCAUGUUGAUCGCCCUUAUCAUCACGGAAUUGGUGACGGCCGCGAUCGGCGGGUUGAUGACUUUCCAGAUCCUAUCGGAUCUGGAGGAAAGACUCUCCAAUAAACUAAAGGUGGAUUAUGGUCACGAUUCGACCAGCGAUCUCCCCUUCAGCCACAGUUUGGACUUUGCGCAGUAUAAGUUUAAUUGCUGCGGUAUAUACGGCGAUGACGAUUACAAUGGCACUGCUUGGUGGAGGGAUGGUCAAAUCUCGGGACACAAGAGGCAGGUUCCCCUCACGUGUUGUGUUCUCAAAAAUAGCGAGAAUAAAAAUACAGGCAGCAGUCCAAUGAGCGUUGUAUCGAGAGUGUUUCACAAAAAUCUGAACGAGAAACCAUGGCUGCAUCCGCAGCCUAAGGAUGAGGCCGCAUGUCAAGUAGAAGACGAAGAGGGUCACGAGGGAUAUAGGCACAAAGAGGGCUGCCUUGGAAAAGUCACGAACUGGCUGCAGUGCGAGAGCUUUACAUUAGUAUUCCUCGGUAUGGCAAUGGCAGGAAUACAGACGUUCGGGAUAAUAACGUCCGCUUUCCUCUGCCGAACGAUAAGAGAUAUGCAGGAAGAAUGAUCCAGGAUU